AUGCGUUUUGUUGAAGUGAUUUUUUGGCACAAUUAUCAAACAAGAGCAGACAUUGAUAAUAAGGAUUGCAAUUUAUUCCAAGUAAACACAUUCCAUUUAACGACAAUUUCAGCAGAAACCGGAGUAAUUCGGCAAACAUCAACCGUUUUAGCUCGGAGCGCUAUGGGAACUACUGGAAGCACUGUGGUCGAUGCAAUUGAUAUUCCAGUUCUGAAUGUUGAUGAGGGCAGAACUGGUGAAAGUAUUCGGGAUUUAAUCCUCACUUUAGCACAAGGUGAAGGAGCAGGUGACGUGAGCACAGCAAUUGAAUCAUCUUUAUCGACUGCCAGUGGAUUGUUUUCUGAUCACUGUAUUAGUGGCAUAUCCAUAUUCUCGAGCGGAAGUGAUGAUGAUGAUAAUAAUAAUGGUGAUGGGAAUCAUGUCAAUGACACGGAUGAUAAGGAA